GCUUACAAAUGGUUGCAGGAGAUACCAUAGUUGGAGAGAGCUCAAUAUGGGCCUAUAUUUUGGAACGACUUGAGAUCCUUAUAUGGGUUUUAAAUCAAGCUUGUAUCGGUUUUGUGACGAUUUACAUGUUUUGGAUAUGCAUUUACAAAGGCAUGGGAACUAUGGAGUUGCAUGCCUUUCUUGUGACCAUCGGGUUCAGCCUACUGAUGGCCGAGGGCAUAAUGUGCCAUUAUAACAUUAAUCCAUUAACAAAUGGUUUCAGGCGCAAAACAAAAACCACCAUUCAUUGGCUGCUGCUCACACUGGGCGGUGGUUGUGGUGUAGCCGGUUGCCUCGUUAUGAUAGUAAUAGUAAAAUUCAAAAUGGACCAAGUCCAUAACAGAUUAGGUUUCGCUGCAUUUAUACUUUGCCUGAUCAGUAUGCUGUCGGGCUUGUGUGCCUUAUUCUCAACUUAUCUACGCCGCAUACUGAGCCCAUUGUUUAACAAGGGCUUUCACAAUUUAGUGGGAUUUGGCACAUUUCUAACCGCAUUGCUGGCACAAUACUACGGCUACGAUUUCUUCCAUGACAAUAUUUUAUGGUCGUUUAUCAGGGUGUUGCAAGUGGUGACCCUUGUGUCACUAGUGCUCACUUCUAUAGGUCCGCUUAAGGCGCUUUAUCAGAAAAUCUUAAGUUAUUUCGAUUAGGAAAGCUGGUAAUUUUAGAUAGUACGCGUGUUAAGUGAUUCGAUUUUGUCAAGUGUCAUCUGCAUAUCUAUAAACAAUUUCAAGUGCACUCCGAUAUUUAUAUAGCUUAAUUCUACAUUAGAGUGUGAUGUUUAAGUGGGUACCUCACAGACAUACAAUAGGGCAAUUCACAAUCAAGUGCAAAUUGAGUGACUCCAUGGCAUUUGUAAAUUAUGCCGACAACCAUAUAAAUUUUAUCGUUUUAUCGGCAGGUUGUUUGCACUUGGUUGUGAAUUGCCUAAUGCCUUUAUUAUUCUAUAAAUUAGAAACGUGUUGCGAAAGUGAAAUAUUGCAUACCGGAAGUUGUUGACUUAUGAUAAAAAACAAAAACACACAUAUUUUUACGUAGAAUAGACGACAACCUACUACAGAGGGAUCUUAAACAUAUUUUAAAUCACUUUCUGCAAAUCAAACUGAUAUUUUCUAUAAAUACUAAUAUACGGCAGCCACCAUAGCCGAAUGGGUUGGUGUGUGACUACUCUCGGCAGGGUAGAAAACCUCCGAGUGAAUUUCUACGACGAAAAAGCUCCUCAUAAAAAAAUAUCUGCCGUUCAGAGUCAGCUUAAAACUGUAGGCCCUUCCAUUUGUGGAACAACAUCAAGACGCACGCCACACAUAGGAUCGGACAAACACCCAAAAGAGUGUAAGUGCCAAAUACAUACUUAUAUAUAUAUAAUUCAAUUUCUGUAUUAACUUUCAUAAAAAAAUUGGGUACAAUAUUUAAUGUGGGGUAGAAUAUUUUAUUCAAACAAAAUUGAUAUUGAACGUACUAAUUUCGCUAAUAAAGCGCGAAAUAUGGGCUUCCACAAUGACAACCCUAGUAGACGUAGACCUGUGCCAAAACGUGUUCUUUUUUUCUCUUCCAUCGUACUUGGUUCUGAAUUGUUGUUUUUGCGCCGUCCCAUGUGAUAUCUGCAUCUCCUAUCUCGCGGAACAUCAACCUUCUCCAAGUACAAGUAUUUUUUGGCCGACCCGAUCUCUGCUCUCCAUCGGGUUCCAGUCCAUUGUCAUCCUCGUGAUGCUAUCUGGUGGUUUCCUAAAUGAGUGACCUCAUUUGCUGAUCUCUACAAUGCGUCGUUGCUGAUGGUGUUAGGCCAGAAUAUUCUACAUAUGAUGCGGAGGCAUUUGUUGACGAAAGAUGGUGUGUGUAUAUCUAUGAAAUGAGAAUUUUUCUUUCGAUUUCAAACGUUUAUUAACAAAAAAUGGUUACAAAUUCUAUCUUCAAAAUAAUAGCCAUUGCUAGCGACACAUUUUUCCCAUCUCUCAGGCAAUUUGUGGAUGCCGCGCCAAAAAAAUUGGCCGUCUUUGGCCGCAAACCAAUCAUCGAGCCAUUUUUCGGCUUCUUCAUGAGAAUUGAAGCGCUGCUCGGAAAGUGCGUGGCCCUGAAAGUGUCACUUCAUAGGUAUAUACCGUAUCAGCCAUGUUUCACUUUCGUACAACAAUACUGACUUCAUACAUGUGCUGAAUAUUGGCAGUGUAGAGCGCCAGGAGAUUUGCGAACUUGCCCAUAUUAUAUGCAUUCACCCGAACGCCGCACUCGUUUUGUAUAGCCGUUGGCAUCUUCAUCUUCCGUCGUCUGCCGUGAUAGUGCGCCGAGGUAGCAGAAGCCUUUCAAACAAAUUUCACCGGGCACCCGUCAGCCAUUAUAUGUCUUGCUUUAUUAUGGUUGACACCCAUACCUUCCGUAGGGUGCUGCAGACUGAAAUUACAUGAGUGCAUACUUCACUGCUGCCAGAUGGUUUAGUCAGAUAUUAAGUAUAGAUUAGAGUUAUUGAAUUUUCUAUGUUCUCAGCUCAAGUUGACCUCCAAACUACUGAACAUGACGCUUAAAAUUUGGUAUUGUUAUCUAUUAGAUCGCGCAUAGUCGAUUAACUAACACUAGCAAUAACAAAUUGGCAAUAAACUAGUUAAGAGAAGGAAAUACAGUAUUUUUUAAAUCGCUUUUUGAAGUGUCUGAUUGCAAAAAAUUACGAGAAUCUUGUCUGUUAUCUACGAAAUAGUUUGUUGCCUGUCAAAUUACUCCUUUUUUUAAGUAUUGGACUUCCACAUUAAAAGCCAUAAUAUUGUUAAGACACCCUAGCAUACAUUGUUAUUAUUAGUAUUAGAGAUUGCCAAUUUACGAUAAUAAUUUUAUCUAUUGUAGGCACGACACUAUUUAUCUCUUAAAAAAUGUAUCUUUUGUUCAUUGUAUUGCAGAGUUUUUGUUCUCAGGUUAAAUACCAAGUUCCAAGUCACUGUUUACAUGUAU